CGUGGCCUGACAUGUGCGAGAGGGAGUCGACGCAGAACACGACCACGCAACGAAGCGAUUUUUUUUUUGUAAAAUCUGAUCUUUAUCAGUCCGCCAUGUAACAGCAGGACAGCUCGUUCGACGGAACGUGGUACCAUACGUCCGCAAUGGAGGAGACGUUCGAGCGCAAAGACUCGAACAAACUCGCGAUCGAUGAGAGCAUAAAUAACGAGAAUCCACUCUUGCGCUUGCCAAAUUCUGUCAAUAAGGCUCGAGUCCACUCCAUCGGUCCGACGCACGAACGGUGUAUCGACCGGCAGAAUGGUCCGUAAAUCUUGCUAAAAUUGCGACCGGUCGCGCGCGUGGUGGGGCGAGCCCAUACUUCAAACUUGUCCGAGUCUCGAAAGAAUUUCAAAUCAAGCUCGCAGUCCGCCGUCUUCAACGUUCGAGGCUUAACGUAACGCGCGUCUCGUCUUGCAGCCGCGCUCAGAUGUCUGAAAGUCAUACAGGCGCGGGCUGCCUUAACGUCCGAAUGACUAGUCCGCUCCUAUCAGAAUCUUGACGGACGAGGUCAUGUCCAUAAUACUCCAUAGUCUUGACAAGAAGCUCAUCGAGGACGAUGGUCUCGCCGGCCCUUCCCUAGUCGUAGCCAACAAUGAGUUCCGGAACUACACUCAGGCGCUGCGAAUGCUGAUCGGUAGCCGCCUCCAACAAGUUCUGUCUCCUCUGCUCCUACAAUAGAGUCUUAUGGCACGUGGAAGACGAACACUUCUUUUGUUUCAAUGCUUCCUUCUUCUUGUGGUCAUCGUAUAUGGAUCGUAGUGAAUACAUCUUGUUGGGAUGUAACCACUUUGCACUAAGGAGGACCAAAAGCUAUCAUUGUGAGGUGGCGAGUGUGAAACACAAUUUUGUGUGUGUCGACAUGGAUGCUGUUAUUGCACAAUGCCUAUCGAUGGGCUUCCCGGUGGAAGCUACCUUGGAAGCUCAUAAACAACUAGGUUCUUGGAAUACAGAAGAUAUUCUUGAGAUUCUUCUCAAAUCCGACGAAAGUUCAGCGAAAACUUUCUCGCAAGUGACUAUUAAACAGGAAGAUGGUGUAAAUAACAUACUAUUAUCUGAAUCAGACAUUGACCUCCAAAAGAAACAGGAAAUUUGUGAAUGUAGCACAGCCCCACAACCCUCACUCGGGUGGAAGAUGGAACCAAGCGAACCUAAAUUUCGAGUCAAGCAAGAGUUUCGUGAAUGUAGCACAGCUCUUCAACUCUCAAUUGGGCGGAAGGUGGAACCAAGCGAAACAAUGAUGUCGCUCAUGGAGAAUGUCAAGCUAGGCAAAACAUUGAAUUCCACUUCUGUCAUGACUGGUGAAAGGUCAGGGGAGAAGAACCUGAUAAGCUGGAAAAAUGAAUCAACUUACAAUCUUGCAGGGAAAACAAGGGACGUGACCUCGUCCAGGAAGUCUUCCUUGGUUCAACGGCUGAUAGAGAUGGGAUGUCGGCCAGAUGUCGUCGAGAAGGCUUAUGAAGUAUAUGGUAUGGAUCCAACUUACACAACAGAUGACGAGAAACUGGAUGUGAUGUGCGACUUUAUUGCUGCAGUUGACCUAAACGAGGAAGAUGAUGAGAUUGAGGGAGACGAUCAGGAAUUCGAGAACCAUGAGGAUGAUGGCGGGAUUGAAGACUGGUUUAACUCGCAGAGAGAACUCGAAGAUAGUUCGAAAACCGUUAUUCCAUAUUCUUGUCAAAGUCGCCCUCGUUUGGAUGUCUACCCGAUAGGAUUGUCUAGCGAAGUACGUCUCGAACAAAAUGAAGAAGAGUAUGCUCCUGGAGGAUAUUACAGGUACAUCCGAGAGGAUGAUCCAGACCAAGAAGAGUAUUUUUACAAAGAUCUGGAAGAGCAAGAGGGCAUGGGAGUUUUUGAUGUCAAGAAAAAAUACUGGAAAGAAGCUUCUUCGCCGACGAUCUACAAAAGACAAGGCGUCAAACGAAGACCAAGAGCUACGAAAAGUCUAGUAGGACUCGUUACACGCCGAAUUCGAGUGCCAAACUAUACAAAAAUGACUGGAUUUGGAGUUCCGGGUGUGCCUAUGAUUCCUAGAAAUCUUGAAAACUGUUCUGCAGACGGUCCGCCUUACUUCUACUUUGAAAACGUGGCCUUCAUGCCUGGAGAUGAUUGGGAUACAAUCAGCCGCCACCUAUACGACAUCGAGCCAGAGUUCGUAAAUGCGUAUCACUUCACUGUUUGCAAAAGACCGCGUGGUUACAUUCACAACUUGCCGGUGGAGGGAAGAUUUGAGAUUCUUCCAAGAGCUCCUCGGACAAUCAAGGAGCUUGUGCCCUACAGCAGUGCUUACUGGCCGUCUUGGGACGACCGGACUACGUUCAACUGUAUCUGCACGAACUAUGCUACUGAAUGCACAAUCAAACCGGUUGCGAGGUUACUGGAGUGUAUGAAAUCGGACAGUGAACCGCCUGCACAGAUACGCCGCCAGCUGAUGGACAUCUUACGAAUGUACAACUUGGUCUGGAUAGGUCCAGGAAGGGUGACUAGGCCCAAGGUCGAGGAGAUAGAAAUAUGCAUGGGAUUUGACCCAGAUCACACCCGGCCCAUACAAUCCACCAAUCAACAAAUCAAGGGCUUGGGAAAUGCGUUCCAAGUGCAUACAGUGGGAUAUCACCUAUCAGUGUUGAAAAAUCUCUUUCCUGGAGGCAUAAGCGUUCUGUCUCUUUUCUCUGGCAUAGGAGGAGCAGAAGUGGCGCUGCAUAAACUCGGUAUAAAAUUGAAUGUCGUGGUCUGUGUGGAAAUUGAUCCCAUUGUGAGACGGGUCAUUGAGCAUUGGUGGCAAAUCACUCACCAGACUGGGCAACUGAUAACGACAUACCAGGACGUCAAUAAUUUGGACCAUGAAACCUUGCAGAAGUUGAUGGUGGAAGUGGGUGGCUUCGAUCUUGUCAUCGGCGGAAGCCCUUGCAGUAACCUUUCUGCCAAGAACCGAUUUUCUAGAAUGGGUUUGGCUGGAAAAUCCUCCGUUGCUUUUUUCGAGUACGCCAGAAUACUCAAAGAGGUUAGGACAUUCGGCCUUCGACACAAAUACCGCAAGUAUCGUGCAUGAAAACCCUCUUAAUACGGUUUCAAGCUUGACUUCGCUAUGGCAACAAGGAACGGGAAGCUCUGUACAGUACAGAGACCCGGAGCUGAUAAUUCGAAUUUAAUGAUAGCUGAUACUCUCCGAAUGACCUCGUGUUUGAUCUCGAAAUUUCCCACACAGAUGUCUUUAAUGUAUGUAUUAAAAUCGAUUUAACUUCUUGAAUAAUGAAGAUCUUGCCACGUACAUAAAUCUGCUUCAUAAACUUUCC